CACGCUUGACUCGGUUUCUCUUCUCGGAAAAUAUCUUAGAGAGAGUGUGUGUGUUUGUGAGCUGGAAGCUCUGACCAUGGCGUCUAGGGUAUCGAUCUGCUUUUGCAUUUUCGUUUUGUGUCUGUUCGUUUCAUCUAAUAGAUUAGUUUUUGCUGCGGAAGGUGAAGAAGGCAAGUCUGGGGAGUUUGUGCUCACUCUUGAUCACUCCAACUUCUCCGAAACUGUUGGCAAACAAAAUUUCAUCGUCGUUGAGUUCUACGCUCCAUGGUGUGGUCAUUGUAAGAAUCUUGCUCCUGAGUACGAGAAAGCUGCGUCAAUUUUGAGUAGUCAUGACCCUCCCGUAGUUCUUGCAAAAGUGGAUGCCAAUGAAGAAGCAAACAAAGGACUUGCCACUGAAUUUGAGAUUAGGGGUUUCCCAACCAUCAAGAUUCUCAGAAAUGGCGGAAAGAAUGUACAAGACUUCAAAGGGCCUCGGGAUGCUGAUGGUAUAGUGACAUAUUUGAAAAAGCAAGCUGGUCCUGCAUCAGCUGAGAUAAAAUCCGUAGAAGAUGCUGGAAAUCUUAUUGAUGACAAAAAGAUUUUUAUUGUUGGGGUGUUUAACAAACUUUCUGGGGAGGAAUUUGAGAACUUUACACAGUUAACGGAGAAACUGCGCUCUGACUAUGAUUUUGGUCAUACAUUGGAUGCAAAACACCUUCCCAGAGGAGAGUCAACAGUGAGUGGUCCCACUGUUAGGUUGUUCAAGCCAUUUGAUGAACUCGUUGUUGAUUUCCAGAAUUUUGAUGUUGAUGCUCUGGAGCAAUUUGUCGAGGAAGCUAGUUUGCCUGUGGUUACUGUUUUCAACAAGGAUCCCAAUAAUAACCCAUUCGUCAUAAAAUUCUUCAACAGUCCUAAUGCCAAGGUGAUGCUAUUUUUAAACUUCAGUGGUGACCUUGUUGAUGAUUUCAAGUCAAAAUACCAUGAUGUUGCUCAGCAGUACAAAGGCAAGGGAGUAGGAUUUUUGUUGGGAGACCUUGAGGCUAGUCAAGGUGCAUUCCAGUAUUUUGGUCUUCGAGAGGAUCAGGUGCCUCUCCUCAUCGUACAGAGCAAUGAUGGCAAGAAAUAUCUCAAACCAAAUCUCGAACCAGAUCAUAUUGCAUCGUGGUUGAAGGAGUACAUGGACGGCAACUUAAAGCCAUAUGUGAAGUCAGAACCUAUUCCUGAAGUUAACAGUGAGCCUGUGAAGGUAGUGGUUGCUGACAGCCUCCAGGAUGUUGUUUUCAACUCUGGAAAGAAUGUUCUGUUGGAGUUUUAUGCACCUUGGUGUGGACAUUGCAAGAAGCUGGCCCCUAUCUUGGAAGAAGUUGCUAUCUCUUUCCAGAGUGAUCCUGAUGUUAUCAUUGCAAAGAUAGAUGCAACUGCAAAUGACAUCCCAACUGAGACUUUUGACGUUAAAGGUUACCCGACAUUGUACUUCAAAACAGCUAGUGGCGAUCUGUUGCAGUACGAUGGUGAUAGAACAAAGGAGGAUAUCACCUCAUUCAUCAAAUUUAUUCAGAAGGAUCAGUCUAAAACUGGCGGGCAGGAUUCUGUACAAGAAGAGAAGCAGCCAGCAAAAGACGAGCAGGACUCAUCAAAAGAUGAGCUGUGAUGAGUGAUGAAAG